CCCGCCGCCACCACUGCCAGCCCUCCGUUGCGGCGCCCAGCCAGCCGAAGCCUCCGCUGCCUCGCCGCCAUCACAGGAGCCCAGCAGCACCUCCUUCCGCCGCUCCCUCCCAACAGAGCCGCCGCCCGGAGCUACGCCGCCGACCAGUCCAUAGGCAGAAUCUGCAGCUCAAUCUAACACACCCUAAUUCUAUCCCUUUGGAAUUUGAAGUUGGAACACGGCAUCAACAUUGUCAAUUGGAGAGGCUUGAUGCUGCUUCGGCAUCCUCAGGAGAGCAAGCAAAAAGCUUCCUUUUGGGACUUCUCAGAGAUAUUCAUGCACCUUCAUGCCUUGUUCACCUUUCCUUCCUUGUCAAAUGUGUGGAGUUGCAGUGAGGAAUAGUUCAAUAAGGAAAAUGUCUCUAAGAACUAGCUCUCAGCUCGCCCUACAGCUCAAAACUAGCGUCUUUUUUACUACUGGGCUCUCGGGUUAUCACAGUUUUGUAAGUUCCAGAACAGCAGAUGUCUGUGGAGUUGCUUUAAAGGCUACCAAUAGUGUUAAUUCACGGUUCUUCUCAACUGCAUAUGGUAAAAAGUUAAGGUUUCUCAUUAGUAAUAAGAGCUCAUUUAUCAAUCCAAAUAUAAAUAGGAAAGAUGGGGGUGCUGCGGCUGCUGCCCAUAGGUACUUCCAUAGAUCUGAGAGACGCCAAAGCACACUAGCUGCCUGCAGCACCAUCGCUGAUGAGGCUUCCACAUCUACGAGCAAGUGCAGUGAGAGUGGUACAGGUACUAAAAAGGACAUUUCGAAGAAUAAAAAUUCUGGGGGCAGCAAAAAAGAAGUUAGCACAGAUGUGAAAGAAAAGAAAGUAUCUACCAAGAAAAAGAGCAGUUCUACUAAAACUAGUAAAACAGCAGCAAAUACAACUGAGAAAGCAAGUGCGAAGCAAGAAGAAAAGAAGGCCGACACAUCUAAAUCAAAGAAAGGGGUUGGUAGUUCCAAAUUGAGAAAAACAGUAACCAGUUCGAAGAAAUCUUUGGAAGCAAAGGAAUCUGCUGCUAUUGCAGCUGCCGAAGCCAAUAAUUACAUGAAGACCACCGUUGAUGCUUCUGGUAGUGAGAGGAGGCCACUUGUACCUCUGUACCCCCCCGUAGCUAAAUCAGUUGUUGUUGUUGAAUCAGUUACAAAAGCAAAAGUUAUUCAACAAUACCUUGGGGACAUGUACGAAGUAUUACCCAGCUAUGGUCAUGUGAGAGAUCUAGCUCGAAGGUCAAGAUCUGUCCGCCCUGAGGACGACUUCAGCAUGGUAUGGGAGGUGCCUAAUGGUGCCUGGACAUGCCUUAAAAGCAUUGAAGUUGCAUUGAAAGGAGCAGAAAAUUUGAUUCUCGCUUCUGACCCUGACCGUGAAGGUGAAGCAAUUGCUUGGCACAUAAAAGAAAUGCUUGAACAGAACUUGGCUUGCCAUGUUACUGUUGCAAGAGUUGUCUUCCAUGAAAUUACAGAGGAUGCUAUUAAAAACGCCUUAAUGUCUCCAAGAUAUAUUGAUAUGGACUUAGUUAAUGCUUAUCUUGCACGCCGUUCCCUUGAUUAUUUGAUUGGGUUCGCCAUAUCACCACUUUUAUGGAGGAAGUUGCCUGGUUGUCAGUCCGCUGGACGAGUCCAGUCUGCAGCUUUGGCUCUUGUUUGUGAUCGGGAGACUGAAAUAGAAAAGUUUAGCCCACAGGAAUAUUGGACUAUUGAUACUGAAUUUGAAACCCAGUGUUCAGAUUCUUCAAAAGGCAUAUGCCUUAAAUCCUGGAUAAAGCAUCUCAAUUCAAAAAAGUUGGAUCAGCUUUCUAUAAGCUCUCAAGAAGAAGCACGAGCUCUAGAAAAGAGGAUUUAUUCUUGCCAAUUUGAAGUAAGAGGUGUUCAGAGAAGCAAAAUUCACAAGAAUCCUCCGAUGCCAUAUAUAACAUCCAGCCUUCAGCAAGAUGCAGCAAACAAACUACAUUUUGGUGCAGGGCAUACCAUGAAGGUAGCCCAGAAGCUUUAUGAAGGGAUCAAUCUUUCGUCAGAACAAGCAACAGGAUUAAUAACUUACCUCAGAACAGAUGGAUUUCAUAUUUCUCAUGGAGCUGCAGAAGAUAUUCGUUCGUUAGUGAAACAAAGGUAUGGUGAGCAAUAUGCAUCAGAGGAUAUUAGGAAGUACUUGAAGAAGGUGAAAAAUGCUCAAGAGGCCCAUGAAGCCAUAAGGCCCACCAGCAUAAGGAGGUUGCCAUCAUCUUUGAUUGGAAUACUUGAUGAGGAUUCUUUGAAACUGUACACUCUAAUAUGGAGAAGAACAAUGGCUUGCCAAAUGGAAGCUUCAAGGACUGAGCUGAUACAAGUUGGUAUUGGUAAUCCUGAAGGAGACAUGAUUUUUCAUUCAUCUGCAUCAAGGCUUGACUUCAAGGGGUACCAAGCUGUCUAUGAGGACACUGAAGCAAGUGGGUCCAGUGAAAACCCCGAAGGAGAAACGGCACAUCAGGAUAAUUUCGAGGCCUUGUCCAAAUUAGAGAUGAAGGAUUUGGUGUCUCCCAUUAAAGUGAAUCUUGAACAGCACUUUACUAAACCUCCGUCCCAUUAUUCUGAGGGUGCAUUGAUUAAAAAGAUGGAGGAACUUGGAAUCGGAAGGCCGUCUACGUAUGCCUCUAUAAUGAGGGUGUUGCAGGACCGGAAAUACGUGACAGCAAAAAGUCGAGUUCUGCACCCUGAAUUCCGCGGUCGAAUGGUCUCAGCAUUUCUUUCACUUCUUUUCUCUGAGAUUAUCGAUUACAGCUUUACUGCUAACAUGGAGAUGGAGCUAGACAAUGUCUCUGCUGGGUCAACUGAAUGGAAGGGUCUCAUGAAAGAUUAUUGGGAACGAUUCAGCAAAUAUUGCGGAGAUGCUAGUCAGUGGGAUGUCAGAAAGGUAGAGAGAAUGCUUGAAGAGAAAUUCCGUCCUAUCCUCUUUCCUGACCUUGACACCGAUAGUAGGAUUUGCCCUAGUUGUUCUGAAGGAACCCUCAGAUUUAAGGUUAGUAGGUAUGGUGAAGGCUAUUUUAUAGGCUGUGAUCGACAUCCGAAGUGCAAGUACAUCGCUCGCACAUUAUCAGAUGAAGAUGAUGAAAAUGAAACUUCCGAGCAAAUUCCAAGGUCUUUUGAACCUAGGUUACUUGGUGUCAUGCCUGAUACAAGCGAAAAGGUCUUCUUGAAACAAGGUCCUUACGGUUACUACAUCCAAGUUGGAGAGGAUCGGAAAGGGGCAUCUCAGAAAAGAGCUCCUCUUUCUGAGGUCAAAGAUGUUGACUCUAUCACUAUCAAAGAUGCAAUUGAGCUAUUGCAGUAUCCAAAAAUUCUGGGAAAACAUCCUGAUGACGAGCAUCGAGUACUUAUGACACAUUCUAAAGCUGGAUUUAGUAUCCGGCACAGGGGAACGCUUGCUCCAGUGCCAAAGACUCAAGACCCAAAGAAGAUUACGCUCGAGCAUGCACUGAAGUUUCUGACGGGUAAAAAUGCCAAACAUAAUGGUCGACCAAAGGGGAAAACUAACAAAAAUGCAGAACCCAUCGAAUGGCAUUAAGUGAUCAGCUGCCACAAAUCCAACGUGGAAACUUGCACACGCCCAAAACCACGAAGGUCAAUGUCAAGCUCAAGCAUGUCCACAAAAUUCAGAGUGGGUCAGGGAUAAGAAUGAGCAGUAUUUAUUCAAGUGGUCAUGUGCCUCAAUUCCCAGUAAUGCUUUUUGAUGAUGAUGGGUCUGCAUGCGCGACAGGACAAUUGGUCAAGUAAGCAUAUAAAACAUGUGCUCAGAUGCUCAUGCCUUCUGAGUUGUAUUUCUUGCCGGAUUUCUCCGUACUACGAGGAUAUAUACGGCAGACGAGUAACAUCUCUCAUUCUUUUACGGGGUCACCGUCAGCAGCUGUAUAGAGAACAUAGAUCAUAUUGCCAAAUAAUGUAAAAUUAAAAAGAGUUUUGGUGGUUUGAUUUAAAGGUCACUGAUUGUUGGUUGCAA